AUCACUAAUUGAGGUGUCAGUGUGUCUAUUUAAUUCGCAACAAGUGUGAUUUUACCAUUAUUAAGCAAAAAAUGUUGCGAGCGAUUUAUACAACGUUAGCCAAGAGCUCAAAUUUAGCAGCAACCGCCGCGACGGCUUCAUUGCAAGUUGGAAGCUUUCGGAAACAAAGUACAAUAAUUAAACAAAACGAUGGCGUUCGUGAAAUCGUUUUGAAUGAUCCGAGAGCACGCAAUACACUCUCUUGCGAGGUAAUGUCAUCGAUAUUGGACGGCAUUACAAAGGAUGUGCAUGACGAAAGUUUGCGUUGUAUUGUAAUUAGUUCUACCGGUCCAGUCUGGUCCGCGGGACAUAAUUUGAAGGAAAUCUCAGCAUCUAACGAUGGCGGGCAUGCGAUCUUCAGUCAACUUGUUGAUAUAAUUUUGAACAUUUAUAAAUCGCCUGUGCCAAUAAUAGCGAAAGUAAAUGGCAUGGCUACUGCUGCAGGUCUACAGCUGGCUGCUUCAUGUGACAUGGUUGUGGCAUCUGAUAAGGCCAGUUUUGCUGCUUCAGGCGUUAAUAUUGGUAUAUUCUGCACUACACCGGGUAUUGCCAUAUCGCGUGUUAUGCCACGUAUGAAAUCCUCUUACUUGCUCUUUACUGGUUUCCCCAUCAACGCACAGGACGCGCUAACGGCAGGUUUGGCUAGUGUUGUGGUGCCAGAAGCUCAAUUAGAUGCUGAAACUGACAAAAUAACAAAAUCGAUAAAGGAGAAACCACGCGCUAUAUUAGCCAUGGGUAAAAAGUUUUACUAUAAGCAAUUGGGCUUGAGUGUCAAGGAUGCUUACGAUCAAGGCACAGACGUAAUGGUUAAAAAUAUCGGUAUGGAGGAUGCGCAAGAGGGUUUAAGGAGCUUUGUUGAGAAGCGCAAACCAAAUUUCAAUAAGAAGUGAUUCGUGAUAAUUAAUUGUUGAAAUUAAGUUAGUUGGCUUGAUUUCCUAAUCAAAUGUUGUUAAAUCGUGCAUUAUAUGGAUGUGUGUGGCUCGAUUUGCAACUCAAAUGCAUUUAUUUUGUGUCUUAAAGGGUUAUAAAAUAUAGAUUGUAUAUAGUUAAUAACUAUAGAUAUUUCCUGCUGUCAUCAGCGUAGAACAGUAGCGGGUUUAACGGUACCUGUACUUAUUUUCAUGAUAUUGUAAAUUAAUUUUUGUAAUAAAGAUUUGUGGUGAACUGAAUUGGUAA